UAAAUGUCAUUCUUGAAGAAACUGAUCCAAAAAAGCCAAACCAAAGAUAACAACCUAACCAUUGAUGUCGACGACAACAAUAGCAAUGAUUAUAUUAGACGUAAAGUCGAUAAACGGCUAGUUUUGAGCCAGUCAGACCCGGAGCCCAUACUCGACCUAAACGGUUGCCAAUUGGCUUGUAUUACACCGACAAUAAUAACGACAAUCAAAAUCUAUGGUAAAACUGAUUGCCGUUUCGAUGAUAACCUAUUGACCGAGUUUGGCGGCACCGGUAGCUUACAGUACAUGUCCGCUGUCCGAUCGUUACACUUGUCCAACAAUCGUCUGGCCAGUAUCGGCAAAAAUAUUGCUCAACUCAAACAGUUAAAAGAACUAUAUCUAAGUCAUAACCAGUUAAGCCAAUUGCCCGAUACAUUGGCCGAACUAACGGCACUGAAAAUACUGUCCAUACGCGACAACCGUUUCGCUGAACUACCCGAUUGUAUUACCCGAUUAGCGGGUCUGACUUGUCUGGACAUUGGCGACAAUCACCUACGGGAACUACCCGGGUCAUUGUUACGGCUGAGGCAAUUGAAAUCGUUGCAAUUGGACGGCUGUCCCAUGGAAUCGCCCGAUCCCGGUGUCUGUCAUCGGGGAUUGCAGGCCAUCCGUGCAUAUCUGGCCAACAACAACAAAAUGCAUAGUAAUAGCAAUGAACAUAUCGAUUAUUAUGGUAACGGUAGUACCGGUGCUGAUGAUGAUGACAAUGAUGACAACCUAUUACUGCCAUCACCUGAUGAUACCAAUGGUAGUGAUACUACAGAUAUAGUCGAUUCAAUAGACGCUCAAUCACCAAUCGAUUACAAAAAUUAUCACAUUUUAAAGGACCAAAAGAAAAAAGCAUUACUCGAUUGGGAAAAACAAUUUCAUACCAAUAUUGAGACUAACGGUGCUCUGGGAGGCGGUAGUGGUGUCAGUGCCGGUGUCGGUGGUACUACCGAUCAGUACAUUACCGACAAAAAGCGUGGACUGUUAUCCCAGUUAUGGUUAGACGAUAGGCAACGAUCGGCUGAUAUUCAUAGCCGCCAGCGCCAGAAGGACAGGGAUCGCCAGUCGCUAUUGAAUAGUAUAUGUGAGCUUGACAGACAUUCCAAACAAUUGUUGGACAGUUUGAACAAUUGGGAGGACAGACACCGCAAUCAAUUGGAUGCCAUGGAAAGGGAUGAACGACAACUAAUGGAUCAUAUGUUGAGAUACGAUAGCGAAAUAGUGGUCAAAAAGGGUACAAUAUUGUUGGCAAUGGAGGAAAUGUUGCUCAGAGAGUCCAAGGCAUUGGCACUGACCGAUGAACUUCGGGAAUAUAAUCAAACGGAACGACGCAAACAUAUCGGUGAACAGGAACAUUUACAACGCCAGGCAUUUGAAGCCCUCCAACACUCCCGGGACUACCGUAGCCGACAGUUGACCGCACAGAUAGCCGUAGUCGAACAGGAAUUGCUACAGUUGACCACUGCCGAGAUGGCCAAAAAAGAUGACCGAUUGGACACGAUAUUGACGGAUAUUGGCCAACAAAGGCGCCAAUUGGCCGCAGUUUUAGCUAAAUUGUUGGCACAGAAGCGGGCGAGAGAUCAACAGUUAAGGGAUCGGGUGUUGGAAAUCGAGAGAAGACGGUUCGAGUCGACAACGACGGGUGUAUCGGAGGCCACGGCGUCGGCGGCGGCCAAUGACCAGGAGUUUUGGUUACGACAAUACCAGUGCCUAAUGGAAAGACAGCCGUUUAGCGUACAGAUGAAACAGUUGAACAUCGGUGGCUGCGACGAUAGGUUAGUCCAAUUGUUGACGACUGUCCACUCGGAUUGCGAUCGUAUCGGCGAUUUUGUUACACUAUUCGCGGAUAUAACGUACGACCGAUUGUACGGCAUGUCGGCCGAAGAUAUACUCGCGCUGGGCGUCAAUGACUACGAUUUGUGUCAAUUGAUUCGGGAUAAGUUAGACGAGUUAGGAAUAUCAUGUACUACCGGUGCCGCUGAUAUGGCUACCGGUCAGCCAUCGGCACCAGUAGUUGACGAUUUGUUGUCGGCCAGCGAACUAUUGAUAGAACCGACAGCACCGACUGAAUCCGACUUAACUGUCGGUACUGUCGGCGCCGAUAAGACCCUGUCAUCGAUAGGACAGUUGGCUAAUGUCAAGAUCUGGCGCCAGACUGAAUGUGUUAUAUGUUUUGAACUAAUGUGCAAUGUGGUAUUCCUGCCCUGUGGUCAUGUAUGUUCAUGUAAUACCUGUGCUCUAUUGGUGUCUACCUGUCCAUUGUGUCGGGUGUUUAUCGAUGACAAAUUGAAUGUCAAUUUCUAA